AUGGAUGGUGCCGUUUUUUUACCUUGCCUCAAGAUUCUUCAUCUAAUCCAUCUUCGGCACCUGGGUGGUGGUGAAACCCACGCGCCCUUGCUCCCCGGCUGUCCUGUUCUUGAGGAGUUGGUUAUCGGAUUCAUCGCCGAUCAAAGAUGUAAUUCUUGUACCAUAUCUUCAUCCACAAUCAAAAGGCUCACAAUCCAUUUUCAGUUCGUUACUUCCAUAGCCUCAAAUGAAUAUUGGCCACCUGAAUUUGAAGACGAUUUAUUUUUUGGUAUGUUUAGACGUCGAGUUUACAACCAUGGCUAUAAAGUGGAUGUAAAUACCCCAGCACUUAGAUAUCUUUACUUUGAUGAUCGCUUAUCCGAGCAUAUUGUAUCUGGAGAGCUGGCUUCCUUAAUUGAAGCUGAUAUCUAUCUUCGCAAUGAUAACAAGAAAGGAGACGAUGUUCUUUAUCCUCGAUUUGUGUUGGAAUUUUUCGAUAGGCUCUGCAAUGUCAAGCGCCUAAAGUUAGAUUUGUCGUAUUGUACCGAGAUUGUUGACUCGGUAUUCUCUUCUUGGAAUAUAAGUUUUGGUAACUUGACUAAACUCGAAUUGACUGCUGAUUGCCGUUUUCUCUCAAAGUUCCUUGAGUAUGCUGAUAAUCUUGGAAUCCUUAUUUUUUGGGAGGUCGGUGAACAAAUAAAAGAGUGGAGGGAACCCGAACAAGUGCCGACAUGCCUGUUAUCAAAUCUCUGA